GCGUGCGCACUGGGGGAGGACCGGGCGGCAUUCCAUGGAUCGCCGCUGCGCGUGCGCGGGAAGGCCGUCGUUUCCCGGCGCAUGACUUAACCAGCAUGGCGGAACCUAUGGCCGGGAUGGAGGAUGGGGAUUUCUUGUUGGCGCUCAAGCUCCAGAGAGAGUGGGAAGAGGAGGAUAAAGCAGCGGCAGCGGAGGAGGCGGCGGCAGCAGCAGCAGCAGCGGCAGCAGCAGCAGCAGCAGCAGCAGCAAAGCGCGCCGAUGUCCCGCCGUGCCGCGCGUCCUCCCGCCCGCUGUCGGUGGUGGACGAGGCGUGGGAGCUGCUGGACCCCAGCCCCGACGUGCACGCCCUGUUCGUGCACUUCAACCAGACGCUCUUCUGGAGGAAGCUGGAGGCUGUCACGGUGUCCUGGAGCCCCCGCAUGACCAGCUCUGCUGGCAUCUGUAGUUAUCAUGAAAAAAGUGGAUUGUGUUCCAUUCGUCUGAGUGAGCCACUACUAAAGUUAAGACCAAGGAAGGAUCUCGUUGAGACACUGUUGCAUGAAAUGAUCCAUGCCCUGCUCUUUGUUACUCAUAACUACAAAGAUCGCGAAUCUCACGGGCCAGAGUUCUGCAAACACAUGCAUCGCAUCAAUCGCUUGACUGGAGCCCAUGUCACAAUUUAUCAUAACUUUUAUGAUGAGGUCAAUGUGUACCGGCAGCACUGGUGGCGAUGCAACGGCCCCUGUCAGAACAGAGGACCUUACUUUGGGUACGUGAAGCGCUCGAUGAACAGAGCACCCUCUGCACACGACCUCUGGUGGGAUGACCAUCAGAAGACAUGUGGGGGCACGUUCACAAAAGUGAAGGAGCCAGAGAACUUCUCAAAGAAAUCAAAGCAUAAAACUGAGACAGCAAAACUUCCACAUUUCAAGUCGAAGAGCAAAGGCAAGACACAAAUGCAUGGUACUCAAGAUCUGAUGCCGUUUAGUGGAAUGGGUUACCGGCUUGGAGGAGGAGACAGCGUGCUUUCAGAAAAAGACACAAAUGCCAGCAGCAGCAUUGGAAACAGUGAAGCACAUGGUUCACAGCAUCAUUCACCAGUAAGGACAAGACCAAUCCCUAAAAAUGAGAUAAAAUUUGAAAAAUUACCCCGUAGUGGCAUCUUUCCACUUCAUACCGGUGAUGAAAGUGAGAACAACAACUUAGCUUUAAAGCACGAGUUUCCUAAAUCCCCUGUUGCUAACACAGAAGAUUACGAGAACUACAGUGGAUUGCCUGCUAGAAUGGCUCGUGUUAGGGAAUUCAAGUCAAACCAAGGCUCUGCAAAUAACAAGAGGGCUCUACCGUCUCCCAACCGGCCACCCAAACAAAUUUGUCUAGAGCAGACAACAACAGCUCAGGUUGCAUCUGAGAAGAAAAGCUUAGAAUGUAUUAAUACACCACAGCGAUGGCCAAAAAUGGAAGACAAAACUGCCUUUGAAAAGUACUUCAUUAAAAAAGGAGGUAGUGAUGUCACUUCAAGUGUAAAUACACCUAUGAAAACCAAAGCUGAAUUUACACAGUCCUCUGCAAGUUCUAGCAAUCCUGUGAGGCAGGAUAAAAAUGUCAGUUUUUAUGUCAGUUGUCCUGUCUGCGAAACUGAAGUUUUGGAAUCUAGAAUAAAUGAACACCUUGAUUCUUGUCUUGCGUGAAACAGCAGAAAGCUGUCUCA